CAAGGGCUGAGAGUCUCCAAACAAAACCCUCUAUCAAUGAUCAGCCAUUCAUCUCUCUCCCGACCCUCCCCCAACACCCAAAAAAGCAAUAAAAUCAAUCACAGCUGACCUGACCCUCUAAAACCCAACACACCCCUUCACUUUUUUCUUCUCCUUCUCUCGCCCUCUUGAGGGUUUUGAGUCUCUCUCUCUCUUGGGUGUUGUUCUUUUGGGUUUUAUUGUUCUUGCGUGUUUGGGUUUUCGAUGGAUUCUGACCAGGCGAAGCUCUUUGUGGGAGGAAUCUCAUGGGAAACGAAUGAAGAGUCGCUCAAAGAGCAUUUCGGUAAAUAUGGGGUUGUACUAGAAUCUGUGAUCAUGCGGGACAGGAGCACAGGCAAUGCUAGAGGCUUUGGUUUUGUUCUCUUCUCAGACCCUUCUGCCGCUGACAGAGCCCUCCAAGAACCCAAGCAUGUCAUCCUCGGAAGAACAGUAGAAGUGAAAAAGGCAGUCCCAAGAGGUGAACAAAACCACCCACAACAACAACAACAACCACAACAACAACCACAACAGCAACAACAACAACAACACCCACAACAGAGUAGGGGGCCUGUGUGUAAAAAUAGUAGUAGUGGGGGUGCUAGUGGUAAUAACAGUGGUAAUCAGUUUAAGAAUAGGAAGAUUUUUGUUGGGGGUUUGUCUGCUAAUAUAACUGAGGAGGAUUUCAGGGCUUACUUUGAGAAGUAUGGUAGGAUCACUGACGUCGUGGUCAUGUAUGACACCGUGACACACCGGCCGCGUGGGUUUGGGUUCAUCACCUUCGAUUCAGAUGAGGCGGUUGAAAGCGUGUUGCAGAAGAGUUUCCAUGAACUAAAUGAUAAGCGUGUGGAGGUCAAGCUUGCUGUGCCAAAAGAUGGUAGCAAUGGGAAUAGCAGUAAUGGUGGCAAUAGUUAUAAUAUGAGAGGUGGCGGCGGUGGAAGAGGUUCUGUUUUUGGGAGCUACCCGGGUGGGGUUUUUACGCAAUAUCCUAGGUAUGGGCUUUAUCACGGUUAUCUGCCGCCGCCUGUUUCGGGUUAUGGCAAUGCAGCCGGCUACCCUUUUCCUGGUUAUCCCCCGAUGGGCGCAUAUGAUGGAGUGGGUUAUGGAGCUGCUCCGAUCAUGCCGCCGAGGAGCCCUUGGUCUAGCAUGGGAAUGUAUGGAGCAAGGAGGAGCCCGACGCCUUAUGGGAAUGCUGCCCCCUACCCGGGUUAUGUCAACGGGGGUGUUGGUGGGUUCAUGGGGAUGACCGGCAGUGCUUAUCGUGGGGUCGUUGGUGCUGCCAAUGGAAAGUGGAAUCAGGGUGGUGCGGAAGCGCAGACGACAGCUGGUGCUGGCUAUGGUGGUGUGCCAGGUACAACGCCAACACGGACGGAUGGUGGGAAUUUGGAUGAUGACGCGUCUGGUUUUGGCGGGAGCUAUGGAGCUGGAGCUGGUAAUAAGCAGAAUCAGAGAGGACAUGACGGUCAGUAUAGGCCUUACCCAAAUCGCGUUGGCUGAUGUGUAAUUCCAUUGUUCUUCUUUGGAUGUUUACCACGGUCAUUUGAGGUCAGUAAAUUUUUAUACGAAUUGGGUUGGAGUUUUUUUUUUUUUCCUUCUUAUGUUAGUGUUUGGAUGGUCGUUUCUUUGUUAAAAAGGUCAGUUUCUUUGCAUAAUCUUUGUUUAUGAUUCUAUUCGGUUACUCUCAGUGCUGCAUUCUGUCCUCUGCUGUAAUAUAAUUGCCCCUGAAUUUCAAAUUA